AUGAGUUAUCAGAUUCACCCCGGUCCCCUUUACAGUACAGUGUUGUUUUUGGCAAAUGAACAUCGUGCGAGGGAGGUUUUUAAGCGCCCCAAGGACUAUCGGGACCUAAUGAGUAUAAAACGUGCCGAUCGUUCAUUUUGGUCGCUUAUAAAGGAUAAUCCGAUAGGACCACGCGUCCAAAGUAUAAUUCGUCAAGCGGGCUUCGGCGGUAUCCUCGAUAGUGGGUAUCGGUACAUUGACCACACGUUAAUAAACGCGUUGGUUGAGCGUUGGAGGCCCGAAACCCACACUUUUCACCUCCCCUUCGGUGAAACCACAGUGACUCUACAAGACAUUAAUGUUUUGUGGGGUCUACCAAUAAAUGGGGAGGUAUUUUCUGGUAUGGAAACGCCGAUUACAUUGACCAACGACGUUAUAAUGUGUCAAAAUUUGUUGGGGUUUACCCCUGAAAAGAAUCAUUUUUGGGGGAAAAGAAUAAGUUCAGUCCGAUGUACAUUAUUUCCUGUUAAUUCGAACAAUUGGAUAGCUCUUCAUUAUCUGCCUUUCCUAGAAGAUUUGGGGCAAUGUUCUCAGAUCAGUUGGGGAAGUCCUGUUUUAGGCUGUUUGUACAGAAAUCUUUGUAACGCCACAACUCCGGAUGCUGUAGUUCUUACCGGUCCUGUGUCUAUUUUACAAGUAUGGGCAUGGGAGAGGAUUCGGUGUCUUGCACCGGAGCCUAAUGCGAUCUUCAACUACCGCGCCCCGAUAGCUGCUCGGUGGAAGGGGAGUCUAAACGCCGUUGAUGUUCCGACACAUUGCCUCAGAACCUAUCGAUCUCAGCUUCAGUCGUUGAAAGAGGCAAUGUUUAUAUGGCGACCGUAUGAUGCCGUGGUGGACAGCCUCCCGGAGAUCUGCACCAGUGGGAGGAAUAGCUGGAGGUGUGCCUGCCCGUUGAUUUGCUGGGAUGUUGUGGAGCAUCACAAUCCGCAACGGGUUAUGCGGCAGUUUGGCAUGGUUCAAUAUAUACCUCCACCAAUAAAUAUUGAGGUCAGUGAGCAUGAACGGCUCCAUUCUUUAGUCCGGAAUGGUAAAAUUGGGUGGGACUGGAAAAGUCGUCAUGAACCGUAUGUUAACGCUUGGAACCAUCGUGAGCAUAAUGUUGUAAACAGACAACAAAUCGAGACUUAUUCCAUGGCCAAUGAUUUUAUGACGUGGUACUUAGAACAUACGGUCGUGUAUUUGACCAACCCAUGGCAACCGCUAGAACCCAUGGCAGGAUUUCAGGAUGACGGUGCCACGGUCCAAAUGAUGGCUGACUCUUUGGGUGUAAUACACCGAAGCCAAGAUAUGGAGACGAUGCAACAGACAGCAUACCGGGCUUUGAACAUGUCAAAUUUAGCGGAAUAUACCCAACAUCCAACCAAUUUGACAAAUGACCCGGUGGACCUGUCAUCCUAUCCUGGUAGUCAGAGGAUGCGUAGGCGACGCCGUCGCGGCCGUGGUGCGGCAAACGUUCAAGACAUCGGCGCUGGUCAAUGGGGAAGGAAUUAUGAAGAAGGGGGUGCAUCCGGUGUUAAUCACGAACAAAACAACGAGCCAAACUUUAAUGGGUUGAAUGCAGCCGAUAUUGGAAACGUUACAAAUACGUUUGUAGACCAAAAUACGGUCGCAACCCAUGCCAUCCAAAGUUGGCAGUCACUUUUGGCUUCUGUAGUCAACGAAGAUCCACGUUAUGACAUAAGUGAACUCUUGGAAUCAACCCAACCAAUUUCGGGUCUUAAUAACGAUAAUGGUCAAUUUCAAUAUAAUAAUAAUAACUUAAAUGAGACCCAAAAUAAUCAGGCUGGUUUUAUAACCCCCACGUCACAGGUUAUGUCAUUUUUUCCCUCUAACCAAUCGGACUUUCAAUACCAUGCACCCCAUCAAAGUCACGAGGAUUAUCGUGCCCGGUAUACAAACGUUGAACCAAACCCGUUGAAUUGGGGCGAAGACUUGAAUCUCUUUCCACCACCGCAAUGA